AUGCUAGAAGACGACAAGGAACCACAGAAUCCAUUGACGGAGAAGUUUACUGAGGCCGAGUGGAAGGCCUUAAAGGAAUUCCGCUCUACUUUGCCUGAAACAUUCAAAGAGGCAUUUCCAGAGCAGGAUGGUGCUGGGUCAACAUCAUAUAACUUGUGGGGUGUCACCAUCAGCCCACUGAAACCCAAGGAUGCCCGCGUCAGCGUCGUGUUAAUGAAGUUCCUUCGUGCCAGGAAUCUCAAUCCUGCGGAGGCCAAGGACAUGUUCAUCUCUACUUUGCAAUGGCGCAACUCUUUCAAGGUCGAUGACGUUAUGAAGGAAAAGUUUCCAGAAGACAUAUUUGGAAAGCUUGGAAUAACAUAUGGAAAGGACAAGGACGGACAUCCCAUCGCGUACAAUCUAUACGGCGCCAAUAAGGAUCUGGAUGCCGUCUUCGGUGAUACACAACGCUUUCUAAGAUGGCGUGUUGCUUUUAUGGAGGAAAGUAUAGCCCUGCUUGACUUUGAAACUGUUGACCAAAUGGUCCAGAUCCACGACUACGAAGGCGUAAGCAUGUCGGAUAGAACACAGGCCUCCAAGAAUGCAGCAUCCGAAGCAUCCAGUAUAUUCCAGGGCCACUAUCCCGAGUUCCUGGCGAGAAAGUUCUUUGUCAACGUGCCUAGCUUUCUUACUUGGAUUUUUUGGAUAUUCAAGCCAUUCCUGUCAGCUGCAACAGUGGCGAAGAUGAGUGUUGUUGGUUCUGGUCCCAAGGUCAUCGGAACCGCUCUUCUACCUCUGAUCCCUGCCGACCAGUUGCCAAAGAGGUACGGUGGGGACGCUGACGGAUUCUGA